AUGGCCAAGGUAUACCAGCUCUCCCGUAAGCGCCCGCACAUCGUUCUGCCUCCGAACAAGAAACCCACGAAGUCGAGCCGUCCUCCAACGCCGUUCACUACGUUCACAGCGCUCCUCGACGCGGCCAAGUCGUGCGACACAAGCACAGAGUAUCCCGCCAAGUGCGACGCAGCUCCGGCGCCAGUCUCUUCCGUGACCAAGCGCCGCCUCCAGAACCGAGAGUCCUGCCGCAAGACGCGACUCAAGCGGAAACUCCAGCAACACGCCCAAGACGUGCUCGCUCGCGAGCGUCAGGCGCGUAACGAGUACCUUACGCAACUCGCAGACAAGCUUGGAGUGGAAACCCGCAGUAAGAGCCAAGAGGACGCCCGAGAUACGCUCUUCCGUGAGCUUGCUACGAAAAGCCUGCACUACGCCCUCGUGGACUCCGAAUACAGCGGAUGGCUUGACGACAGCAGCGAUCUGUGUCAGUGGCGAUUCGUUGGUGUGAGCUCCGUGAAAGUCCAACGUGAUGGCGAGAUCGAUGCUGUUGCAAUGACCAGCACCACACGCGUGCGAUUCCAUCGACUCCACGUGCAAGAUGUGAGCAUCAACGUGGUGCGGCGAGAGCGCAACACCCCUUUCGAGUUCGAAGUCGAUGGCAACAACAGCAAAUGA